AUAUUUGCCCCAGGCUACCGGCCAACGAUUGGUGUUUUGAAUGUUGAAAGUUUUGAGCGGUUAAUUAGUGGGUUGAUGGUGUAAAACUUAAAAUGGCUGGUUUCUUAUGCUGUGGACGGAUUUUAAUCUGUUCUUUUGGUUCAAUAUUUUAAUAUACAGAAUACUUUGUGAAAAUUGUAGAGACUUAGAAGUGUAGUAUUUAUUCUCUAAUUUUCAUCGUGUCGAUAGUUUGCUGCCGAAACUCCAAGAGCGAGCCAUGGAGGAGUUAUCAGGAAGCAAUGCUUCUUUAAAGAAGAUGUUUGAAAAGAAGGUGCAAGGGUUUGUUGAUGAAGUGGAAAAUAAUCACAUGGUCUGGUUACAAGAAAUACUGGAAGAAGCUGCAAAGAUGUUUUCUAGUAAUUUCAGUGAAGAGCCAGAACUGAUGCCUAAGACACCAACACAGAAAAAAAGAGAAAAAAAGAAGAGAUCUUUCUUUGGAAGAGAUGAAAAUCAGAUUCCUAGUAGAAAGAGAGAUAAGCCAGAUACUGAUGUUGUUUCAGAGUGUCUUUCUGUGGUAGAAGAGGCCAAAGAUGUUCUUAUUACUCAGCGUGCUACACAAAGUUCUUCCAAAAGAAAUGCUGAAAAAUGUAGCAGUCCUCAUGAGGGUACCACAACUAAUGAUCAAAACAAAGGCAACAGCAAGGCUGAACAUUCUACAGACCUCAAGAAAAGACAUGGCUACAAGGGAACAAAAGCGGAGUUAAACAGUCAGGGAGAAGAUUGUCAGGCUGAUAAGCCAGUUAGUCCAGUGAAGAAAUCUCUGCCUGUUGUCACUGUUCCUAAAGGCUACAGUGCAAUGAAACCGCACAUGAAGUCAUUCCUUCAUACUGUGCCAAGAAACCAGUUGUUGAUGUCUACCCCAAACUCACUCUGUCAAUCAACCAUUGUCAAAUCUUUCAUUAAACACACUACCCCACUCAAAGUUGAUACCAAGGAAAAAGGGAGACAACACCUUGAAAUGCUAAAAAAGAAAAAAGAUCAAGAAAUAAAGCGACUAAAGAAAAUGGAAGAUGAAAAGAAAUGGAAACUAGAAGAAAUGAAAAGGGAACAAGAACUUCUUGAAAAAGAAAAGGCUAUUGCUGUACAGUUGAAGGUUAAGAGGGCAGUGGAAGAAAUGUCUGCAUUGGAGGCUGCCAGAGAGAAGGAUAAACUACAAAAACAAACAGUGGAAAGAGAGAAAUUAAGGGCAUGUCCAACUCUUGCAUAUAAAUUAAAUAAUUAGGCAUUUUUGUAUACCAUAUAUUAAUGAGAAAAUAUCUUUCCAACAGCAAAAACAACUGCAUAAGGCUAAUUUGGAAAAUGAACUCAAAGAAAAACAGAAGCAAGAGAUACUGGCAAAGGAAAAAACAGAUACCUCUGGCAGUCACAAGACGUUGAACAUUACUAUUGAUUUAGAAAAAUCUCCUCAGUCAUAUGAAAUGACUCCUGAAGGUCAUAAUAAGACUAUUGUGCAGUUAGACUCAGAUGACUAUGGGAUGGAUCUAAAGAAUGAUGAUUCAACUGAUGACGAAAGUGCUCCAAGAAAACCCAUUCCAUCCUGGGCAGAAGGGCGAAAGCUAAUCCAGGCAGUAAAGUAUCAUUACUAUAAUCCUGCUGAUCAUGACAAACUAUUCGGUGAGAUCGAACCACCUAAUCUGGAGGAAAUCUUUAGUAAAAGUAAGCCCCGAUAUUUGAAGCGAACAAGCUCAGCUGUGUGGACCUCUUUAGGUUGCUUCUCAUCUGUGAACACUGCCUCCAUCAACAAGUUCACCCAUUAGAAAACAAUUGACAUGCUGUUCUCCAUUUUUGUGUAGUUUUAAUGUAAGUUAAUCUGUACGUAUGUUUUUGUUUGUGUUUUUUUUUGUAUAUAUGAUCUGAGAAUGGGAAAAGAAAUCUUAAACAUAAUUGAAAUAAAGUGAUGCUUCUGAGUUGUAUUUUUCAAGAGUUCUUUGUGUGUGUGUGUUUUAAACCAUUUUUUUAUAAAAAUAAAAGUAUUUUAGUGUUAUGCUUCAGGAAAAGUUAACCUUUCAAUGCUAUGGUCAUAUCUGUACAAUUAAUAAAUGUGGGUUGAAAUGUUUCAGAUUUAAUCACAUUUAAAAAAUAUGCUCAAAG